AUGACGGUUCUCAAAAGGUACGUCCUAAGGCUGUUCAUGUCGAUCAAGUACAUAACAACAAACGUAGUGGAUAAAAACAACGGGAGAGUAGUAACAACAGCUUCAACGGUAGAGCACGCAGUCAAGAACUCACUAGAAUGUGGUCGUACUUGCAAUGCCAAAGCAGCUGCUAUUCUAGGAGAGGUUUUGGCGAUGAGGCUGAAAGUAGAAGGGCACCAAGAUGGGCAAGGAAGAGGCAUCCACGCCGAUGUCAAGAAAGAAAUCGAAAAGAAAGGGUUCAAGAGUCGAACCAAGGUAUGGGCUGUUAUUAACUCCGUAAGGAACAAUGGUGUUACACUCAUUCUUGAUGAUUUUAAUGUUGAUGAGGACAAAUAUUAUCGUUAUCGUUCUGAUGAGGGCCAUCAGUGA